AUAAACUAAAAAUCGAAAAAUAACAUCGAAUGUGCUACCUUCAGAUCACUUUGAAGGCUGUGCCAAGCCGGUGGUAUUAAUUAAAUCUAUCGAAAAGAACUUGGAAUGGGAGAGACCGUUAAUCGUAACAUACUUUGUUAUUUUAUGGAUGCAUUGCAUUGACAUAAUAUUCACUGAUAAAAAUAACAACAGUCUCGAUGUACCUAAUCCAUAAAAAGAUUAUAAUACCACGAUUAAUCAGGAUUUAGUAAUCGAGUUUUCAAAUGAUUUGUCUGAUAAUUGGGGUAUAUAAAUUAUUUUCCUGCUUAGUAUUAUCGUAUUGCUGGAUUUCGCAUUUGAUAGUCGCAAACAAAAUGCUGAUGCUAAUGUUGGCUUGUUUGGUGUCGAGCGCCUUCGCGGUGCAGGUGUCGACGGACUAUCACUUGGAUAUCGGCAUUCCAAAAGCGACCAGGAUCAAGGAGGCAGAGGACAAAAUCUUCGCCGGUGAAAGUAUUGGCAAUAGCAGGAUUGUUGGUGGAAGCAUAGCACCUAUUGGCGCUCAUCCUUAUUUGGCCGGAUUGGUAAUCUCUUUCCACAACCACCCUGGGCAAUCAGCAUGCGGAGCAUCUCUGCUCAGUGCCAACCGCCUGGUGACAGCCGCCCACUGCUGGGACACGCCCACUCUGCAGGCGAUGCAGUUCGUGGUGGUGCUAGGCUCGGAGUUCCUCUUCCGAGGAGGCACUAGGAUCCCCACUUCGCACGUAAUACUGCAUCCACAAUGGACUCCCAGUAACUUAGGCAGUGAUGUAGCUAUGAUUUAUCUGCCACAGAAAGUUGCCUUCACUUCAAGAAUUCAACCAGUGUACCUGCCGUCCUACAACUUGUGGGACACUUUCUUCGGCCAGACAGCCACCGCUGCGGGGUACGGACUAACCAGUGACUCACAAGUGGGCGUGUCAGUGAACUCGAUGGUGAGCCACGUGUCGCUGCGCGUGAUCUCGGUGCCGCAGUGCCAGGCGGUGUUCGGCUCCGUGUUCGUGCAGCAGAGCACGCUGUGCACCGACGGCAGCGGCGGCGUCGGCAUCUGCGGCGGCGACUCCGGCGGCCCGCUCGUCAUACAGCGCUUCGGACGACCCACCUUGAUCGGCAUCAGUUCGUUCGUCGCCAGCAUCGGCUGCGAGCUCGGGUUCCCGUCCGCCUUCGCCAGAGUGACCAGCUUCUACGACUUCAUCAAACAGCACAUGACGUAGCCCACUACUACAUACUACUUACUGUACCUACCUCUAGUCUCCUAUUUAUUAAAAAAUAUUCAUUUAAUAC